CAAUUCCACCAACAUAAAAAACAAUACUUCUAUGUUCAGUUAUCUUACAGCUACCGACAGACUAUCGUCUUCAAUCGCCGGAAUAUUUCAUCGGAUCUUUAUUAUUUGGACAAUGAAGUUUUGGAAGAGUUUGAGCAUAUUGAUCGAAGAGACAUUGCCUGAUUGGCGAGACAAAUUUUUGUCGUACAAGGAUUUGAAGAAGCAAUUGAAGCUCAUCCAUCCAAAACAUGGGGAGAAUAGUAACAAACGCCCCAGAUUAGAGUGCCCAGAUGGUGGAGCUUGCGGCAAGGAGGCUGAGGAGACCAAGCGUGUGAAUCAAUUCGUCAAGUUGUUGGAGGAUGAGAUGGAGAAGUUCAAUGUCUUUUUUGUUGAAAAAGAAGAGGAAUAUGUUAUCAAAUGGAAGGAGUUGCAAGAUAGGGUAGCAAAGGCCAAGGGUUCAAAUGAAGAGUUGAUGAAAGUAGGAAGGGAAAUUGUAGAUUUUCAUGGUGAGAUGGUUUUGUUGGAGAACUACAGUGCCCUUAAUUACACAGGGCUGGUUAAGAUAUUAAAGAAAUAUGACAAGCGAAGUGGAGCUCUUAUUCGGUUGCCCUUUAUCCAGAAGGUAUUACAACAGCCAUUCAAUACAACUGAUGUGCUUAACAAGCUUGUGAAGGAGUGUGAGACAAUGCUGGAUCAUCUUUUCUCUGAGAAUGAACUAUCAUCCUUGUCCGAAUCAAAUGAAGAGAAAGAGAGCUUUGACCCAAAUACUUCCACUGUUAAUAAAGAGAGGCUUCUCACAGUUCCUAAAGAACUUUCAGAAAUAGAGAACAUGGAAAGCAUGUAUAUGAAGCUGACACUGUCGGCGUUGCGUGUCUUGAAGGAGAUUCGAAGUGGGAGCUCAACUGUGAGCAUGUUCUCACUCCCUCCUUUGCCAAGUAAUACUUUAGAAAAGGAUUGGAAGAAAGUUCCUGUUUUAGAGCAAGCAGCCAAGUAGUUUUGAUGGAUCUUAGCUUUUAUUUUCACUCUUUUCCUCCCUCUUACUGCCUUUUUACUUAUACAUCACUGAUAUAGUUGCUUACAGGCACAUGUAUGUUUGAAUCCUAGCUCUCAAGACAUGGGUGAAAGUCUUGUAGAAAUUAUUAUUGACAUGUAAACUGAUGCGAUUGACUUCUCUGAGUGUCCAUACAAUUAGUUAUUUAUUUUUAUUUAACUAUAAUCACUUGGAUGUUGGCAGAUUAUUAAAACUAUUUUUUUGCA